GAUCCGCAAAAGUUUGUGGACACGGCGUAUACAGAUCUCAACGUGGAAAAGAUGACCACUUUGGAGAAAUUAGAUGCAAACCUGACCAAGGACAAACCUAAAUCUUUUGAAGACUGUCUAGCAUGGGCCAGAUUACUUUGGCAGAUUUUGAACCAGAGCAAAGAGUUGACUGUACAGUUCCCGGCGGCCUCCACAUCGAUGCAUUCCACGUGCACUGCGCGAUGA